AUGGAGGAAGAGUUAAAAUGCCCCGUUUGCGGCUCCCUUUUCAAGGACCCCGUCCUGCUGCCGUGCUCCCACAAUGUGUGCCUGGCCUGCGCCCGGAACAUCACCGUGCAGACGCCGGAGGGAGAGACCCCGGUGCAGAGCCGAGCCUCGGGCAGCUCUGACUACGACUACCUGGACAUGGACAAGAUGAGUCUGUACAGCGAGACGGACAGCGGAUACGGCUCCUACACGCCGUGCCAGCUCAAGUCCCCGAACGGGGUGCGGGUGUUUCCGCCGGCCAACCCGCACCGACACUGCUCCCUCACCUGCCCGCUGUGCCACCGGAGCGUCUCCCUGGAUGAGCGGGGGCUCCGGGGUUUCCCUCGGAACCGGCUGCUGGAGGCCAUCGUGGCGCGGUACCAGCAGAACCGCGCCGCCUCCGCCUCCUCUUCCUCCUCCUCCUCCUCCUCCUCCUCCUCUACAGCGGUGAAGUGCCAGCUGUGCGACCGCAACCCGGUGGACGCGGCGGUGAUGUGCGAGCAGUGCGACGUCUUGUACUGUAACGCCUGCCAGCAGCGGUGCCACCCGUCCCGCGGUCCGCUCGCCAAACACCGCCUGGUGCCGCCGCCGAACCGAGCGGCAGGCGGAGGCGCGGCGAGCGGAGGAGGGAGCGCCGGCUCCGGCGGAGGCGGCGGAUGCAGCGGCGGCCAGCAGCCGCCCGCUACCGCGCGGAAGCCGGCGACCUGCGUGGAUCACGAAGCGGAAAACUUCAGCAUGUACUGCUGCGGCUGCAAGGCUCCGGUGUGCAUGAAGUGUCUGGAGGAGGGGAAACACGCCAAGCACGACGUCAAACCGCUGGCCGCGAUGUGGAAGCAGCACAAGUGCCAGAUCUCCCAGGCCCUGAACGGUGUCUCCGACAAAGCUAAAGAUGCCAAGGAGUUCCUGGUUCAGCUCAAGAACAUGCUUCAGCAGAUACAGGAGAACGGCGUCGAGUUUGAAGCCUGCCUCGUGGCUCAGUGUGACUCCCUGAUCGAGGCGCUGACCCGACAGAAAGCCAAACUGCUCACCAAGGUCGCCAAGGAGAAGGAGUACAAGCUAAAGGUGGUGCGUGACCAGAUCACCCACUGCACCAUGAAGCUGCGUCAGACCACAGGUAUGAUGGAGUACUGCCUGGAAGUCCUGAAAGAGAACGACCCCAGUGGAUUCCUCCAGAUCUCAGACGCCCUGAUCAAGCGGGUGACGUCGUCCCAGGACCAGUGGGUAAAAGGCGCCCUGGAACCGAAAGUCGGCCCUGAGUUUGACCUGACCCUCAACACCGACUCGCUGCUCCAGUCCAUCCUGCAGCUGGACUUCUGCCAAGGCAAAGCGGAGUCUGGACCCUCGGUGCCGGCGGCUCCCAUCCUGCAGCUAGAGAAGUGCUGCACCAGGAACAACAGCGCCACCCUGGCCUGGAGAGUAACAGCGCCCCCCGGGAGCCCCAUCGAGGGCUAUAUCCUGGAGUUAGACGACGGCAACAGAGGACAGUACAGAGAGGUAUAUGUGGGGAAGGAGACUGUGUGUACAGUGGACGGCCUGCAUUUUAACAGCUCCUACAAUGCCAGGGUGAAAGCCUACAACGCCAUCGGUGUGGGGCCGUACAGCAAGACGGUUGUGCUCAAGACCUCCGAUGUGGCUUGGUUCACCUUCGACCCCACCUCGGCCCACCGGGACAUUGUUCUGUCCAAUGAAAACCAGACGGUCACCUGUAACAGCUACGAUGACCGCGUGGUGCUGGGAACCGCCGCUUUCUCCAAGGGCAUCCACUACUGGGAGGUCAGCAUCGAUCGCUAUGACAACCACCCGGACCCUGCGUUCGGCGUGGCGAGGAUCAACACCAUGAAAGACAUGAUGUUAGGGAAGGACGACAAGGCCUGGGCCAUGUAUGUGGACAACAACCGCUCCUGGUUCAUGCACAACAACUCCCACACCAACAGGGCGGAGGGAGGCAUCGCUAGGGGCUCAACCGUGGGCGUCCUGCUGGAUCUGACCAAGCACACUCUGACCUUCUACAUCAACAAGGAGCAGCACGGACCGACUGCCUUCGAGAACCUGGACGGGGUCUUUGUGCCCGCUGUCAGCCUCAACAGAAACGUGCAGGUGACCUUACUGACUGGCCUGGAGGUGCCAAAGAACAUCAAACAGUAGGAGCUCCUUCCUCUCGCUGAGUGCGCCCUGGAUGCAAAUGUGCGAUGUCAUAUGCAGCCUCAGUAUCGCUCCCACGACGACCUUUUCCAGUUAUGUCAGAUAAGUCUCAUCUGACAGGGGCGAGUCUCACGACUCUCUCCGUGCCCUUUGUCUUGGAUACACUUCAGUGUGAAACUCCGACUGAUAAUUUGGAACGACAGAAUAAAUCGGAGUUAUUUAUUGGCUAUAAAUGCAAUGACCGAAAAUUGUGGACGUCACUACAGAUGUGACUGGAGCUACUGUGGACUGCCAUACUUUUUUCAUAUCCCAAGGUUUUGCCCUCUGACCUCCAGGAUACUAACAACACUCAUGCUGUUAUUCCAGCAAUUCCAACGAGAAGGAAAAUACAGCCUGAAAUUUCUCCUCGAGGCCCGAGACCAAACUUAUCCGACCGAACCAGCGGUAAAGACUUCUACACUGUGCAGUAACAUUAUUUCAUGCUAGACAUUGAUGAAAGGCGAUUGUAAGAUAUACAAUCAGAAAUGUAAACCACCGUUUUAAAAACUCCACAGCAUCAAAGUGCUUUCAGAGGGUGAAAAAAUGAGGGAGAAAUGAUUUAGCAGAGCUUAUUGUUGCUCGGCUUCUCUCAGUCAUGUUUACAGCUUGAAAGCUAGAACUAGAUGCAGACGGCCUUUUGUAGGAGUUGUAGUGGCACGGUGGGUUGUUUUCGCUCAUGAAAUAUUCAAAAGCCAAACCUUCACUGCAAACUUUUAUCCCAGUUGUGGCUCCGACAGCACUGCCUUCUCUGUUUUCUGUUUUUCCUUGUUGGUUUGAGUUUGAUAGAGGAACGGUUUGUUAUCUGCGGGUAGGAACCUGACGGACAUAAAAGCUUUCCUCAUGGUGAACUCUCCAUCUCGCUUGGUGCUGCUGUCCGGAAGGUUUACUCACUGGGGUCAAGCUGAGAAGGACUGGGCUUUAUUCCAUUUCAUUUUACAGUCAUUUGAAAGAUCU